AUGUUCUCGCUGCCGCUCAUGGUGGGUCUGGUUCCCAUCCUGUCUCUGCUGGGCUUGUUCUACUCGGCGGCGGUGGACGAGAACUUCCCUCAGGGCUGCACCAGCAGCAGCAGUCUGUGUUUCUACAGCCUGCUGCUGCCGGUCACCAUCCCUGUCUACGUCUUCUUCCACCUGUGGAGCUGGAUGGGCAUCAAGCUCUUCAGACACAACUAGACCUCCUUCAUGUCCUCAUCAACAGAAAGUGAUCCGGGUUUUUACAGAGUUCAUCAAUCAGAGCAGAAAUGGACUCAUUCCUCCACUAACUCCCUAAAAAGCCGACACUGAGAGAAGGUUUGCUUUAAAGUUCAGUGUAUGAAGCUAAAGCAGCUAAUUUCACAUUUCAGCAUCUCCUGUUAGCUCCUGCUGUCUCUUAGAAUAGAACACGUUUCUAUUUGUUCAUAGAGAUUAAACCAAUAAAACUCGAGAACAAAC